CUGCUUGCUGUUUUGCAACAAAAGCCACCAACGAUGAUGAAGGACACCAAUCAGCCAGACGAAGACAACAACCAUGCCGAACACCCACCACCACAACCGGAUCAACGACAUGAUGAUGAUGAUGAUGAUGAUGAUCGGGUGUAUGCGGCUGGCCCCUUGAGGCCUGGAUUUGAUGGCGCGCCCGCUAAACCCAGCGUGCAGCUGUGGGGCUGGUCCACCCGCGCGGCAUCGGACGACGCGAGCGUGUGCUUCCCGUUGCCGAUGGCGCUCACAGCGGGCUUGCUGGUGACGGCAUGCUUGCUUGUGCUGGCGCUGGAGCAGGACGCCUGCGACGCCACGCCUUUGGUCCUUGGGUUUGCCGUGGCGUGGAUCAGCGUUUGCGCCCUGGCCUUUGUCCUUGAAGUCGUCAGGACGGCAUGCAGCUGCCGCGGCACCAUCUCCGACAACGCGCCGCGCAUCACGCCCGUGCGUGCGCUGCUCGGCGCAUCCAUCAUCGUCGGCAUCAUCCAGCUCGCCGUCAUGGUGUAUGGAGCGGUGUUGUACUUUGCAGACGAGCUGCAGUGUGACCAGCAAACGCAGGAGUGGAACAACCGCGCCAACCUCGAGGCCAUUGCCAUCCUGGCUUGCAUCUUGCUCGUGAUAAGGACGGUUCGGCUGUCGCUGCUGUUUCGCAACUGCUUCUGCUGCUGCAAGUGUUACACAGAGACAAGCUGGGCCAAGUACAGCAACCAGGGCCAGCCCUCAUAUGGCACGCUGCCUGACCACCACAACACGGGGUGGGUGUCGUUCCUGCGCUGCCUCUGCUGCAGUCCACGUGUUCACCCAGAUGGCGCAGACACCCAGCAGGACAUCUGGCUCGAGCUGUCAGAAAUCUUCACACAGAUCUUCGGUGACGAGGAGUACACGUGGACAGACCUGUUGACAGCACUGCGUCUCGUGCACAAGAGCCACCAGUACUUGAGGGCGCACAACGAGGCGCGAACGGGCCGGCGAGCCGGCAGUCGGCUGUGUGUGGAGGACCACAUCCAGCCCCUGCAUGGCGCCGCAGACGCAGCGGUCGUCACAGAGGCAGCGCACGUGCUCACGUUUGCAUAUGCCAUCUUCUCCUGGCCAAUCGAAUGCUACACCAAGGGGCCCUGCGCAGCCGGCAAAGACAUGUGUGGCAUGUGUCUGCGCACGUCGUGUGCGGCCAAUAUGGAGGCCACGGGCGACUGCUGUCACGUCAACCGCCUCUCCAUCCUCUCACAGUGCAAUGUCCGCGCUGAGGAUGUGAUCACACUCGAUCUCCGCAGCAGCGUCUACGAACAGCCGUUUGCUGUCGUCCUUGACAGGCCAAACAAGGCCGUCAUUGUCGCUGUCCGCGGAACGUUUGGACUCGCAGACCUCGUCACCGAUGGCCUUGCGUCCCUGACGACGGUUGAGUUGGGCAAUGGCAUGUCAACGCCUGUGCACCGCGGCAUGCUGAGGGCUGCGCGCAUCCUCAUCCGCAAACUCAUCGCCAACGGCGCGCUCGAUAAGGCCGCAGACGCCGUUGCACACGACGUUCACAACUACGAGGUGAUCACGACUGGCCAUUCGCUUGGCGCGAGCCUCGCUUCCCUUCUCGCCAUUCUCCUCCAAUUUGAACCCCUCAGCGGCUUCAAGCACGUGCGCUGCGUUGCGUUUUCGCCCGCGCCAAUCGUUGAUCUCCAGGUGGCGGAGUGGGCCAAGUCCUUCAUCACAGCCGUCGUCCUCGGCCACGACAUGGUUGCGCGGCUGCAGUUGUGGUCAAUCAUGCGACUCAAGGCGGAGGUUGACUUUGCCCUUCGCAACAGCCGCGACAAGAAGGCAACCGUCUGUUUUUCUACUUGCGGUGUUGGACUCAAAGACAGAUAUUGGGAGGAACAUGAUAUGGAGGCAUAUGUGCAGCAGCUCGACCUUCCACCACGGAUCUACAUCCCUGGAAGGAUUCUGUACAUCAUCAAGGACGACAUUGUGCCAACGUGCACGGGCCAUCGCCGGUUGUUCAAACCGUACUGGGCAGAUGCGCGCGCGUUUGAUCGGAUAUGGCUCAGCGGCCGUAUGGCCUGGGAUCACUUUCCCCGCUCCCUCCGACACAGCGUUCUCGCAAUGCUGGAGCACGCAGCUGCAAUGUCGGGCCAGGAGACGGUGACCACCGAGGCCGUCGUGGUCGAUCUGGAUGAGAUGUACACGCACACGCACACGAGCCAGCGGGAGAGUCAGCAGUUCCACAGCGUCACAGAGGCACUCCUCCCACAACAACAACAACAACAACAACAACAACAACAACAACAACAACAACAACAACAACAACAACAACAACAACAACAACAACAACAACAACAACAACAGCAUGUUCUUCUCCACGAUGAUGACGAAGAUGAUGAUGAUGCUGACACCAGUGGUGCCUGGUACACGACAACAUCAGAGGCGUAGCACUGCGCGCGAUGCUUCUCAGGUUGUAGGGACACGUGCUUGUUUAUUUGGUUGGUUAGGUGCAUUACAAUCGCACUGGCG